CAAAUUGCAGGUUACUUUUGCCUUUACUUUUACCGGCGCGACGACCACCUCGCGCUUCCAGUACUCCGACGAACGCUAUAAGCAUUAACAGCAGAAUAAUGGUUUUGUUGAAUAAAGCGAAUUGCAUGGCACGAAUGCAUGUUGCGCCUUCCAUAUUGCGUUACGUGCAUCCAGCUUUUCGACGCUUUUUGACCAGAAGGGAACUUCGGCAAUGUUUGCGCAAGAAAAAUAUCGGUUUGGCAAAGAAGAUUCGUAAUCGUUCACUGCGUUACAACGUUCUGCCUCGGGCAGCUCCUUUCCUUUGUUCAAGAUGUGGCUUUGCAACAGCUGCGCUGAAAAGAAUUGAGGAACAUGUAUGCAUGAAGAAAAACAGUUCGGUGAAUGAUCUUGAACGAGACAUGAAAGUUGCGCAAAUGGCUGUGCGUAGUAGGUGUAAAGAUGCAAUGGCAGUACUAGAACGGAUACCAAAUCCGCAGUCGAUCCGACUUCCUAAGUUUCGUAUCCUCGAAAGCGAACCUUCAGAAGAGGUGUGCAAAAUGGUUUCUUUGAGCACUUCACUUCAUGACGCAUUACCAAAGAUCAUGAGUCCGGUAACAUGUUGUUCAAAUGACGAAGGAGUGCAGAAACGCUCAGGAGAUAAUUCAUCCAAGCAGAACGUAAAAGCAGAUCUUCAAAUGAGAUUGGGACUUGACAGAACUGAAGACUCACAUCUCCAACGUUAUCAAGUGGGACGUCACUAUGUCUUCGUUUUCUUACCAUCAGCUCGUGGCUUCUGUAGACUGUACGAUGUCGGUAGAGCGCAAAAUGGAAUAUCGAAUUAGCAAAUACUAUGCUGAACAAAUGCUGAACUUGUCUUGCACAGCAUGUGAGACAAAAUCAGAUAAAUUUGGAACAUUGGGAGAUUUUCAUGAGCACAUCAUGAAGUGCGGAAAAUGUCGUAGGUGAUGCUGAUAAUGACCCACCAAAAAUAAAAUUUCCCGUAGCUUUUUAUUGUGUUUUUAUCUUUUCAUGGCUUUUUUGUUGCGUUUUUAUUUUGAAAUGAAUGGAUAUUUUAAUGUAUUAUUGCUCUUAAUUAUAUUACUUUCCUUCAAAAUAUAUUACUCUCUUCCAUGCUAUUGUCAUCACUACAC